AUGAGUGGGACAAACUUAAGACAGCGCAGCAGUGGAUCGGUAGGAGAUUUUUGCUCCCGCAUGGAGGAUAUUUCCAGCAAAACCCAUCCAAGCAAUGAAUGGGAUUUUCAUCUAGCUUCAAAAUUGUAUUCUAGCUCAGAGCAUUGGAAGGAUUCAUACCACCUGUUAGCCGCACUGGAAACGCGAGAAGGUGAGAUAUACGAGUCAGUCAAAAGGUUGAUUUGCGGCUUGAAAAGACUCAGACUGCAAGACCAGAAGAGCAAGUUUGGGCGUCCCUCUAGGCAAGCAUUGUCCACCUUCGUAGAGGAAUGGUGUGGAAUGGUUCGCACCCAAAAGCCGACGGCAGAUAUAAACACUGUGGCGGUAGGGAAGCCAACCCUAUAUGAUGCUAUGAUCUUUGGAAUCAAGGUAAAAGCACGAAUAGGUACUGGAUCAGUAAUCUCCACAUUACCAGCUCUCCUUAAGCAGGCAAAGGAAAACGGCUUUGACUUAGACAGCGAAGUUGAAACGGUAGUUAGUGGAUGCAAACACCAGAAGUUCGACGCUUCAGGCAACCCAAUGGAGUUUCUUGCAAUAGUUAACGCAGUUGUAAGCGUAAAAGCAGAGGAUAUCGUCCGAGUAACUAUGCAUGUCCAGAAAGACAAGAGUAAUACCCUGCUCUUGGGAACCUAUGUUCUUGAGGCUUUGGGAAUCCAGUUACGGUUUGAGCUUAGCAUAGAUCCAUCGCAGAAAAGGGGUUAUUUACAGGAACAUGCAAAAGCGUCUAGGAGCAUGGUCAUACCACCUAAAGCCGGGCAUCCAUUGAGCUGGCUCAAGGGAAAUCCGGAGAACGAAUUUUCUGCAAGCACCGGGAAUUCGGUAGCAAAUCGCGAUUACCAGACUCGGGUAGUUAAUAAGGGUGUACCUUUCGGCGAAUGGUCGGAUGAUUGCUCCAUCCUUCCUUCCAAAUCAGUAGACAUGUUAGGUGGGAUGCUUGACAUGCAAAAACAUGCAGCCUUACCCAAAUCGAAACACUUCAAAGUUUCGAUAAAUAUGCUGCAGCAAAACCGAACUUGGGCAUACCAGCUUGAGCAUGGCAUUGAAGUACAGGGACACCCUCCAAUCAGUCAGAAAACAGGGCCUGUGCCCUACAGCAUUCGGAAACAAGUGGAUGAUAUGCUUUUAGACCUCAAGGAUCACAAAAUUAUUGAGGAACGUCGAUCACCCUGGGCAUCUCCCAUUGUCCUGGAUGGUAGCACGUGGUUGUGUAUUGACUACAAAGAGAUCAAGAAAGUAACAAAGAAGGAUUGUUACCCGUUACCAUCCAUUGACAUUCCAGCUAGUCACUGGCAAGUGCCACUCACGGAAAAAGCGAGGGAAUUAAGCGCCUUCACAACAACCUCGGGCUUGUUUCAUUCUAACGUUCUGCCAUUUGGUCUUAAAAAUGCACCAGCGGCAUUUCAACGGCUAAUGGAUAAGGAGCGCCACUUAGACGCGUUGAAGCAAACAAUUGAAGCAUUCCGGAAGGCGAAUUUGAAGGUGAAACCUCAGAAAUGCCGGCUAAUGGAACCCAGCUUAGAAUUUCCAGGCCAUGUAGUAGACAAGGUUGGUAUAAAAACGAAUCCUGAUAAGGUUGGACAUCCGAAAGUACCCAGUACCACACAAUAUCGCUCAGUUUCGGACCUUUCUGGAAAUGGCUGGUUAUUACCGAAAAUCUUGAGAUACGUUGAGAUAGCUAAGCCUCUGUACAAGCUAACUAGCCCUAGGAAUAGAUUUAUCUCGUCAGAAGAACAGAGCAAAGCUUUUGACAAAUUAAAAGAAGCUUUAUCAAAAGCUCCUGUUCUGGGACAACCUAAUAUCAAAAAGGCGCUAGAUAGGAGUCGCCCAUUUAUGAUCUACACGGAUGCAAGUAGGAUUGGCGUUGGAGCGGUGAUGGCUCAGGAAGGAGAUGACCCUUUUCUUUGCUUCCGAAUCUUUGUUUUCUGCGGAGCGCAACUAUCAUGUCACAGAUCAGAAGGCAUCCGUGUAGAUCGAGCUUAA